ACAUAUGCGCGCGCGCACACAGUCAGGCACCGUGGGGGAGACCGCUUUGUGUAAACGGUUGCGAUGUGAUGUGUGGAGAAAACAAGAGUUUAGACAGAAAAACAACAUCUUUCCAUCUGACAGAGAAACAAUGGAGCUCACGCGUGUUAUUGUAAUCUUGGCCCAGUUCGUGUGGCCACUGUGGUCUAAAGUCAUCCACCUCACGGAAAUGUACGGGAGCAUCCAGUCUCCGAACUUUCCCGAAUCAUAUCCGAAAGAGACCGAAGUGCAGUGGAAUAUAACUGUACCAGACGGAUAUCAAAUACGACUCUAUUUUAUGCACUUUGACAUAGAGCCGUCAUACUUAUGCGAGUACGACUACGUAAAGGUGUUCUCAGAGAGCGAGGAGCUGGCCGUGUUUUGUGGGAGAGAGAACACAGACACAGAACGGGUGCCUGCUGAUGAUGUCAUCACGUCCCCCAGAAGUGAGCUCAGUGUGGAGUUUCAUUCAGACUUCUCUAAUGAGGAGCGCUACUCAGGGUUCGAGGCCCAUUAUAGUGCAGUUGAUGUUGAUGAAUGCAGAGACAGAAAUGAUGAAGAUCUCGUUUGUGAUCAUUUCUGUCAUAACUACAUUGGUGGCUUCUACUGUUCUUGCCGCUAUGGAUACCUGCUUCACUCUGAUAACAGAACAUGCAAAGUGGAGUGUAAUGAAAGCGUCUUUACGGAGCGAUCUGGAGAGAUCGCCAGCGCAGAUUUCCCUAAACCAUACCCCAAGAGUUCAGACUGCAUGUACCGCAUUGAGCUAGAGGAGGGCUUUCAAAUCACUCUGGAGUUUGAUGAUACCUUUGACAUUGAAGACCAUCCAGAAGUCUCCUGCCCAUAUGACUUCAUCAAAAUUCAGGCUGGAGACAGGGAGUUUGGUCCCUUUUGUGGUGACCGAUCACCGAUGAAGAUCUUGACAGGAAGUAACACGAUCAACAUCCUGUUUCACAGUGACAACUCAGGGGAGAACAUCGGCUGGAAACUCACCUAUACCUCCACAGGUUCUGAAUGUCCUCCACCUACGACACCUCUUAAUGGUCAGCUAGAGCCUUUGCAGUCCAAUUAUAUAUUCAAAGAUCACAUUACAGUGACCUGUGACCCGGGAUACUCCCUACGACAGGGUGAUAAAGAAUUUGAGCAUUAUCAGAUAGACUGCCAGAAAGAUGGAUCAUGGAGCAGCGACAUACCACAGUGUAUAAUGGUGGAUUGUGGUCCAGUAGAUUUGGUUCUGGGUGAUGGGGUGUUUGAAAACUCUGAAAACAAUACUCUGUUUGGAUCUACAAUUCAGUACAGCUGUAAAGACUCACCCAUGAUCAAUAACACUUACACCUGUCACCAGAGUGGGAAGUGGGUGAGUCAGGAUGGGACAUCACUGCCCUCCUGCUUAACAGGAGAUCAUGAUAAUACGUCAAAUACACAUCCUGAACUCCAACUUCCCAGUCCAUUAACCAGCACUCCCAUUGCAUGCGGCGAACAGUCCCAGCUCUUCCCGGCGCAACAGAAGCGAAUUGUUGGCGGGAGGACAGCAUCUCCCGGACUGUUCCCCUGGCAGGCUCUUCUCUCAGUAGAAGACACCUCGCGUGUGCCCGAGGAUCGUUGGUUUGGCAGCGGAGCUCUCCUCACCCCAUCCUGGGUUCUCACGGCCGCCCACGUUCUGCGUUCUCAUCGGCGCGAUCUUUCCAUCGUCCCGGUCGCUCCUGAACACAUCCGGGUCCAUUUGGGCCUGACGGACGUACGGGAUAAACAUGCAGCAACCAACCGUUCCGUGGAGCGAGUCGUCCUUCAUCCGCAGUUCGACUCCAACAACUAUAAUAAUGACAUAGCGCUUGUUAAACUCAGUAAGGAGGUGGCGCUGUCUGAGUUUAUUCGACCUGUUUGUCUGCCGAGGCCUGCCGUUGAAGAUAAUGACCUGAUGCCUCAACCCAACACAAUGGGUGUGGUGGCCGGUUGGGGCAUUAACAAGGCCAAUUCUUCUGCAUCCGCCAAUGGUUUGACCUCGGAUUCGGUUUCCGAGCUUCUGCAGUACGUGAAGCUGCCCGUUGUCCCGCAGGACGAAUGCGAAGCAAGCUACGCUUCACGCUCCAGUAACUACAACAUCACCACAAAUAUGUUCUGCGCUGGCUUUUAUGAAGGUGGUCCAGAUACCUGUUUAGGAGACAGCGGAGGGGCGUUCGUCAUCCAGGACACCCGCAGUAGAAGAUGGGUAGCACAAGGACUGGUUUCCUGGGGUGGACCAGAGGAGUGUGGUAGUCAGAGGGUGUAUGGGGUGUACACCCGAGUGGCAAACUACAUUCACUGGCUACAUACGGAGAUGAACGUAGACCGCUGGUGGUGAGGACACUAGAGCUGAAAUCGUCUUAUUUUUUUUAAACUUUAUGUAUUUUUUUGCUCCAUAUUUUAUACAAUGAUUUUUAAGGUCCCUUUGAAGAUUUUUGUAUUGCAAUUUUGUGUAAAGAGAUGUCUGUUUGGCUACACACUGUAAAAAGUGAAAGCUGCUCUACUUAAAAAACUUAACACUUAAAAAAAAAUUCACUGUAAGUGAAAAAGUUAAGGUGAAAAAACGUUUAACAAAAUACUUCGAUUUGUAACACUUAACGUAUAUAAACAUUUUCAACUUAAAGUGAAAAAAAUUAAGUUAAAAAAAUUCUAAUAUUUAGGCGUUACCAAUUGAAGUAAUUUUUUAAGUUGAUCCAACUUUAACAUUUUACAGUGUACUGCCACUACUUAUUCUACUUUUCUAUAUUUCACAUGACUUUUUUGUAGACUAGAUGCAGUUUAAGUACAAAGUAAGUCCACUGAUGGUACAGAGGGUAGAUAUAUGCCCAAGUCGCUAUCAAAAACAUAAACAUUCGUAUUCAACAACACAUGAAGGUUUGCAUGCACUACAGUUGCAAGUUCUAAUUUUAUAUUUGUACUGUUAUUUUAAAUUCUUACAGUCCUAAAAUGUAAUUAUCUGAUUAAGUACGGUAUCGGUUAGCAUUUAGUAGGGUGGUCCUUAUUUUUUAACUUUUAAAGUUCAUGCUCUCACCCCACCAAUAUGUUUGAAUAAUAAAAAAAUUGGGCAAAAUUGUUUCAAUAUUACUUAAUAUUUAGAGGCUGCUUAUAUACUUAUGGCAGCAAUGGACUUAUUUGACAAUAGACAAUAUACACUGGGACAAUUUCUGAAGCAACACGAAGCAAGUCCGCUAUAUGGUUACUCGGAUCAGAAGAGACUGAAAUAACUGGAACAAAGUUACCCUCCAAGAAGCAAGUUUUAUGUAUGUUGUGUGCAUUUUUAAAUGGUACAGUUUUUGCAAAAAUACAGCGGGGAAAAUAAGUAUUUGACACAUCAGCAUUUUUAUCAGUAAGAGGAUUUCUAAGUGGGCUAUUCCCAUAGAAAAUCUAUCUAGAGAACUGAAGAUCAAAGUUCAUAAAAGAGGCCCAAGGAACCUUCAAGAUUUAAAGACCAUUGGUGUUGAAGAAUGGGCCAGAAUCACUUCUGAGCAAUGCAGACGACUGAUCUCUCCAUACAAGAGGCAUCUAGAAGCUGUAAUCACCAACAAAGGCUUUUCUACAAAGUAUUAAAUAAAGUGUUUAUUCCCUGUGUCAUUUCACAGUUUAUUUAUUAUGACUCAACUUGUAUACUUAAAUGUUCUGAUUUCUUUGUAUUCAAUAUUUGGCUUGAUGGCUACAUCUGGUGGAAAUUUU